AAAACCUGUGACCUCUCUAGAGACCAUAUUUUUCAAUGGAUCUUCAUGAAAAUUGGUCAGAAUUUUUAUCUUGAUAAUAUCUAGGUCAAGUUCAAAACUGGGUCACAUGAGCUCCAAAACUAGGUCACUAUGUCAAAUAAUAGAAAAAACGACGUCAUACUCAAAACUGGGUCAUGUGGGAAGAGGUGAGCGAUUCAGGACCAUCAUGGUCCUCUUGUUUUCAGACUGUGGUUGCCCACACAAUGGCGAAAGGAAACACCGAACUGUGUGUGAGUCCGACCCCAGGGGAGGCAGUUGAUGUCACAGUUUUGCUAAAACGACAGAGGUCAACGUCAUCAAAUUGUAGUGAUUCUGGAUUUGAAGGAGGAAUUCUGUCCCCUCUGGAGGAGGAGCCAAUGUCGAUUGGAUCCCCAAUAGUCGGCAGUCCGAUGGUGAAUUUCAUGCAUAGGCAGAGAGUACGAUACAUUAGUGAGUCGGAAAGCUCCGUAACGUCUCAACAGGGAAGACGAAGUUCCUAUGUCCCACAAACGGUAUGGGCAGAGUUACCCUAACCAAUAGUUUUGAUACUAUAAAAAGUUUGUAAAGGAUUUUAUGACUCACAAAACUAGAUUACAUCAGUUCUCAUUUUAUUACGCAGUUUGUAAACAGAUGGAAAAUGCUGCUUUGAAGUUUUUGUUCUACAUGCAUAAUAAAACGGGCUGGUAACAUCUGCUUGUUACAGAAUGACUUUUGUAAUAAAAGAUCUCGGGCAAGAGUUUUAUAGCCAAAUGAUAUUAGUGUGAGAACAAAAAAACAAAACAAAAACAAACAAACAAAUAAAAAAAAUUCAUGAAAUCAUAUUUUACAUUGCUUUCUUA